AACUUUGCAUAUGUAUAUAACAUUCUCAGAUCUUCAAAAAAUACGUUUUCAGUUUGUAUUAGAGAGUUGAAUACAAAAACUUAAAAAUUGUGCUCUUUACUCUUUUCUUCGUAAGUCCGAUCUAAUUUGUUUUACUUUCUUGUUAUACAUCAUAUAAAACUAAUACGUAAACAAAAGUCAAUUUAUUAAGUUCACUUUAUAAAGCAUAUUCCUAUAUUGAACCGUUUACGAAUAUUUAUGAACUUCACUGUACUUCACCGAUAAAAAUUACACAAUAAUUAUGAUAAGGAAAUUCCAGUUUACUUCUUCGAUCCGAUACGAUGCUUAAACAUCACUCGUAUUUCGUGUACAACUGAACUAGCUUUCAUAUUUUAGGCCAAGGCAAGAACAGAUUUGCAUUAAUUGGAAUAGCAAUAGUCAUCGUUAUCGCUGAACAUACUGUCUGUUGUGCACGUACCUCUACCCUAACAUAAUAACUUUAAUUGUACUGUAUAUUAAUCAGCAGUUUCUCUACGGCCUCCACGAUCAAUUACAAUUGAAGAGUAAAAAUACAGUUUCCACAACAUAUCUUGGUUUCAAUUGUUUAAAAUGAGUGUUCUUGGUGCAUCACUGAAGUGUGUUAUUCAUCCCGGUAUAAGGAGAAGAUAUUUUUCGAAAGUCGGUUUCGUUGGUGUAGGCAACAUGGGUGGUCACAUGGCAAGAAACCUUUUAAAAAAGGGCUACAAGUUAAUUGUCUUUGAUGUUAACGAAACAGCUGUGUCAAAUUUGACCAAGGAAGGUGCGGACAGAGCUUCGAGUCCUGCUGAGUUGGCAAAAGGAGUUGAAGUGGUCGUCUCGAUGUUGCCUUCCAAUCAACACGUUCUUGACGUUUACAAUGUAAAAAAUGGCCUAUUAAGUUCAGCAAAAGAAAAUACACUUUUGAUCGAUAGUAGCACGAUAGAUCCGUUUGUAUCGCAAACGUUAGAGAAAGAGGCUGCGAAGUCUGGUGUUAAUUUUAUAGACAGCCCAGUAUCCGGAGGAGUGAAUGCAGCCAAAGAUGGCACAUUAACUUUCAUGGUUGGUGGUUCGCAAGAGAAUUUUGAACGUGCAAAGCCACUCUUGAGAUCUAUGGGGUCUAGAGCAGUACAUUGUGGAGAUGUAGGAAUGGGUGAAGCUGCAAAACUGUGCAAUAAUAUGCUCUUGGCUGUUAGCAUGAUCGGCACAGCAGAAGCGUUCAACCUCGGGCGAAAACUAGGUUUAGAUUCCAAGGUGUUAGCUGAUAUAGUAAACUCGAGCACGGGUAGAUGUUGGUCUUCCGAGCUGUAUAAUCCUGUCCCAGGAAUCCUCGAUAAUGUUCCUAGUUCCAAAAAUUACGAUGGCGGUUUUGGAACUGCUCUAAUGGCCAAGGAUUUGGGUUUGGUGCAAGGUGUGGCAACUAAUGUGGGAGCGGCUGUACCUUUAGGAUCUCUGGCACAUCAGAUUUACAGGGCAGUUAUUGCUCAAGGAUUCGCUAUGAAAGAUUUCAGUUUCGUUUAUCAGUUUCUGAAAGGACAAAACUAAUUCGAUGUACGGGACGUUAAAGGUCCUCAAAAGAUAAGAGAAUGAAAAUUGCUCUUCGCAUCUGAGAACACCCUUCAUGUGAUAAAUAAAGAAUUGUUGAAAUUGAAA